AUGAUGGCCUUGAAGCGCAAGGCCUCUUUCGAAGGGGUCUCAACCCCAAAGCGACUCCAGAAGGAUAAUACCCAGGACAACAUCGGUCAGUUUAAUCUCCAGAUAACAGCCGAUAAAGCGACAAGACUGCUGACGAUCAUUCCAGACCUGGACAUGAUAAACGAGGACCUUCCCUCUGACGCCGAUGAUGCCGAGUACUCAGCUCCAGGUACUCCUAGUGUGAUGAGCCACGACAUGAACAAUACCCCUGCGACCCCCAUGUCGACUACCUCUUCACGGUACCCAUCAGAACUCAAGACCAUUCGCUGCCCAUUUGAAGGCUGCGACAAAGCAUUCAAUCGCCCAGCCCGACUCAAGGACCACAUCCGAUCGCAUAAUAACGAAAGACUCUUCCGGUGUGACUUUGAGGGUUGCGAUAAAUCAUUUUUACGCCCAACCCAUCUUUCACACCACGUCAAGAGUGCCCAUAGCGAUGUCCGAGACUAUGCUUGCGAUCGUCCUGGCUGCACAAAGAGCUUUGUGAAUGGAUCACGGCUUCGUCGACACUUGGCUGCCCAUGAUGGAAGGGACCAGCACCGCUGCACCGAGUAUCCACCUUGCAACGAGACAUUCCGCAAGCACUCGACUCUUCAGAAACAUGUUCUAUCUGUGCAUAAGAAGCAGAAACCAUUCCCGUGUUUGAAAUUAGACCCAGCCACUGGCGAGAAAUGCAAGAUGGCUUUUGACACUGCUGGUAAUCUACGAACCCACGAGAGCCGAGUCCAUAUCGAGAAGCGAUUCACUUGCAUGGAGUGCUCCGAAAAUCAACAGGAGCAAUCUUCCGACAUGAAUCAAACCGACAAGGAUGCCAGCCAGGACUGCUCAUUCCCUACCUAUACUUCUCUCCAAGAACACAUCCGCACUGUUCACCCUCCUAAAUGCCCUCAAUGUCCAAUGGUCUGCUCCACGUCAAGGGAGCUGCGGCGCCACAUUGAGGUAGCCCAUGGCGAUGUCAGUCUUGAAGACCGAAAGGUGUUCCCUUGCCACUACGGCGGCUGCGACCGCAGUUUCACCCGGCAAGGCAACCUGACUGUUCACAUCCGCACCGUACAUGAGGGCGAAAAGCGAUUUGUCUGCGGCGAAACAGACCUUUCAAAGUCCAAAAAAGUCACAAACUGGGACGGCAUUGGUUGCGGUCACCGCUAUGGCAGCAAGCUCGCACUCGAAGACCACAUCCGUACUCAGCACAUGGGUCUCAAAAACGCAAAGGCGACGCGCCGUGAACGACUGGGGCUAAAGGAAAAGUCACAGCCACAGCAAACGUCCGUUUCCACCCUGGCUGCUUUGACCGGCCAGGGCUACGCAGAAGAAUCAGGACGACAGAUCAAAUGCCUCUACACCACGUGCCCCAAUCGCUUCCAUCGCGAUUACGAUCUAUGGCUUCACAUGACUACCAAGCAUGGCUGCUCCGAAGACAGCGUCGAGAACAUGUUCCUGCAGCGUGCCUUGCUUGCCGAUGAAACCGGCACUGGAGGCAACCCACUCGGCAUGUAUGGUCUUGGAUUUGACCAUGACAGCCAGUACAACCACCAAUCUUACAUGGGAGGUGAUAAUUCGUCGGAUGUCGCGUUUGGAUCUCAAUCCAAUGAUUCGUCGUCCUACCUUCCCGCCCAGCAGGGCUUGAAUUCUGAUUAUUUGAUGCAAGAUGACAUUUCCGCGCAUACAAGCGGCAAUGGCAACAUUGAUUCCAUGAUACCCAACUAUGACGAAAUGGCAUUGAUUGAUCCUGUUAUCGCUUAUAACUUGCAGAUGGAACAGUAA